GAGUUCUAAGAUAAAAUACGUAGUUGGUGAUUGACCCAAAACGUUGUGGCAUUGCACACGAAGACUUAGACCCUACCAUUACUUCCUACUUCCUACUUGGUAUUCCUAAUCAAGGUCAAAAGCAAGGAGUGAUGAUAGUAUCCACUAUGAACUAUCCACCACUACCAUGUUGGUAUAUAUUAUAUAACCGUUACCCAACGGAACCCGUCCCCGGUACCCAAAUUCAAAUAACACCACCUCUGAAAAAGCAAAAGAGCAACACCACAAAAAGCAAAAGACAUUCCCUGACUUUCCCUUCCUUUUUUCAAAUGCAACUAAUUUCAUUUAUCAAACAUAAACCACUCACUCCCCUUCUUCCAUUCCACUUCAAUAUCCUCGUUUCUAAUUUCUCAACCAAAUAAUGGGUUGCUGCGUUAGCAAAUGCAGGCCCGAAUACAAACCCUCCCCAGAACAAGAACAUCACUUCAACUUCAACCAUGUUCAAGACAAGCUUCCAAUCUCUCAAGCUCCACCACUUCCACCAACCCUUUACUCCUCAACAAAAAUCUCACCCUCCCCACCUUCUCCAACCUCUUCUACUUCCUCAAUCUCAUCCUUCACAUGCACCACUUCCAACACCAUCUCCUCAGCCUCUUCCCUUUCCACCGCUUCCUCUUCCUUGAGCUCCAAGGACAGGUCCUUCUCCAACGAGUUCCUCUGGUCGUGCUACAAGGACAACCCUCACAUCAUCACUCGCAUCAACUCACUCAGGGAUUCCACCUCUCUCUCCUUCAUGCCACCUACUAAACCUAAUAGAAAGGUUGUAAACAUAAACCCUUCACCACCCAAACCCAACUUAGCAACACUGAAGCAGUCUCCACCACAAAAUACUGUUGGGUCGUUUUCCAUGCCACAGAAAAGGGUGCGAUCAAAUUCGCCAACGAACCUAACACGACAGAAGAGUUUCCGAAAGGAUACGGAGAGGUCCGUUACUAUUAACUAUGCUUCCAACAUGCAGAGUAGGACGCUAAUUAGGUCACCCUCUCCCAGCAGAAGAUUCAACGGAGACAAAUGUGGAAGUGCUAAUUUGGGUAUAACGAUCAACAGUUCCAAGGUUAGUAGUGUUAGUGGAGUUCAUUCGAAUUCUCACCAUCAUUCUGUUUUGCCUUCUACGAGGAAAGAGAGUGUUAAAGCGGUGAGUCCCAAUAAUAAUAAUUGUUCACGAAGAGUACUUCAUUCUGGUUUGAGAAACACUCAUGAGACUUGCACUUUAGGGGUUGGUCCUAAAGUUGAUGAAACCGUGGUUAAGGAUGUGGUGUCUGACCAUGACAUGGACUUAACUCUGAUGGAGGAUAUUGACAACCCUCUUAUAUCCUUGGAUUGUUUUAUCUUUUUGUAGAGAACGGUGUGUCCUACAUAUUCAUAUAUUUUGGUGUCCAUAGAAAGUUCGAAACCAAUUUCUUUCUGCUUCUUUUUGUUUGUUUUAUUUUUACUUUUUUUAUGCUUGUUGAAUAUUAGUACAAUUUAUUCUUAACUCCGCUAGAAGUUUGUAAGGUUGAUGAAAUUAUUGUUUCAACCUUUUAGAUGUAGGAUUAAAAACACUAUUGUGUGUUUUCCUUUGGCUGGUUUGAAUUUGUUAUGUUUGAGCAUAAUGAGAGAAGUCUUGUAUAAUGUGAGACCGUAAUUAAGAUCUGAUUUACAUUAA